CUGAGAAGGGCCUGGGCUUGGAGGGUAGCAGGAACUAAAGUCUUUAUGGCCUUCCCACUGGAGACCAGCCGCCUGGAAGGCAGAUGGGAGCCUCUUUUUCCUGCAAUACAGUGGAUACAGUUUGCUGUGGCUACUCUGAGUGUUAUAGGCUCCAGUUCACUUCUCACCUACAUCGCGUUCCAGAGCCCACAGAAGUCUGCAGAGAUAAAGCCACUCUUGUAUCUGAGCUUCUCUGACCUGCUCCUGGGAAUUUGCUGGCUCAUAAAGGCACUUCUGUAUGGAACUGCAGCAGCCCACAAGGACAGCAUCUGCUAUAACCUACAGACCGCGGGGGAGAUUUUCUACCUUGCCUCACUCCUCUACACCGUCAGCUACAUCUGGUGUCUGUACACGGAGCUGAGGAGGAAGAGCGGCCAGAGUGAGCGGAGCACUGUUGCCCAGGUGACAGAUUAUGUUUGCCAAGGUGGUCACAUAUUGUUCCUUUUGUCAAGCCUGAUACCUCCGCUGCUGAUGACGCCUGUGUUCCUUUUGGGCAAUGUCAAUGAAUGUUUCCACAACUUCAGUGAGAGCCACAGGUGUAUCCUAAUGCACUCACCGCCAUCAGCCACGCUUGAGCCCCUGCCUUCUACCAAUACAUCUGUCUGCAGCACGCUCUAUUUUUAUGGUGUCACCAUUUUCCUGGCCAGCUUCUUCUUCAGCUUCCUCACCAUCAUGGUCUUACUCGUCCAUGCCCAGACGUUAUAUAAGAAGUUUGUGAAGUCGACGGGCCCUCUGGAGAGUGAGCAGUGGGCAGUGAUUCACACUGUGGGCCAGCGAGUGCGUUUCUUCCCAGUGGCCUUUGUGUGCUGCUGGGGUCCAGCUGUCACCCUGCUGAUCAUGAAGCUGACGGAGCCUCAGGAAACUUCCCUGCACAUGGCCCUCUCUGUGCUCCAGGCUCUCACAGCAGCAUCCCAGGGGCUGCUCAACUGUGGCAUUUAUGGCUGGACACAGUGCAAGUUCCAGCAGAUAAAGCGUGAGCCUCGCCGUGACGCAGACACUCAGACCCCACUGCUGUGCUCACAGAAGAGAAUUUAUAGCAGAAGCCCAAACCUACUGGAGUCUCCUCUUGCCCUUGCUUCCAGUUCCUCCACCGUUCUUUGAGACCCUAGAACGGGAAUGUCAGGGAGUGAAUGUUUCACAUGAGUGGACUCUCCUCUGGCCAUACCCGAGACUGAAGAGCUGAAAGGAAAUGUGGGCUCAUGGUCAGUAGCAAUUCUGGGUGAAUUCAGAAGCAGCUCUCUAACUGCUCCUUCAGAGAGAUACAGCCGCUUUCCAUCUAAGAGACUCAUUGCUUUGACAAGUACUAGAUCUCCUGAAGAAAAAAUAAAUUUCAGGUUCAUAUGUAUGUGUGUCAUUUGCAAGCUCUCUGCUCCACAAUGGCAAGAGAGGUAGGAAACCAUGCAGCAACUUGUAGUUGUGUGGCUGCACCUAUUGCAGUAAGGUGGCGUGGAGGCCUGAGGCUGCCCACACAGCCAGAUCUUGUCACAGACCUCAUUCUUACUGGUUUAGUGCUUUUCAACUACUUUAAUAGAACUG